AUGACCACAAUUUUAGAAAAUGACAGAGCCUUCCGCAUCGAAUCAAAUAGGGCAAUGACGGUUUCCAUCCAUCUUAUUGCCGUGGUAUUGGCUUUUUUGACUCUAAUUCUUGCGCCAACAGAAGUGGAGGGCGUCCCGGCUAUACAGUACAAAACAAGUACGCGAAGGACAAUGAACUGCGAUAGGUUCACCAAGAACAUCGAUGAAUGCGAUACCGAUAAGUACCAUACGCUUUUACUUCUUCAAGCACUUCCAUACAUUUUGGUGGCCGUGUCUCUGUUAUUUUUCAUACCCAUUUACUUUGUUUGCAAAUAUGUGUUUGACUGCUGUGGUGGGCGGAGGCAAAGCGUUAAUUUCUGCCACCCCGACAAACGCAGCGCAACCGUCUACAACCGAAUGGACCUUUUGCGACCGCGUAUAUUUGCAGUAGUCGCCGCAGUCGUAUGUCUCGCAGCAGCAAUUUUGGGUUGCUUGGCCAUGUUGGUUAUUCAGCAGUGCAUGAGGGAUGUUCGUAGCAGGGUACGCAACAUCGUGGAUAUGGCGGUCGGAUAUGAGAAAUUACAUAUGAGUGCAAUGAAAGUCGCGCUUUACAAUAGCGAAACUGAUUCUGAAUAUCCAUUUUUGCUUUCGAGUUUAGAGUCGAAUGGACCGCAGUUAAACACCUUAUUUCGCAGUCGUGUGGAAACAGUCAAGGGCAUUUAUGACCGAACGGUUUUAAGCGCUGUUAACGCCGGGAGAAGAGCGGGGUUUUGGAUGCUCGGUCUCUUUUUGGCUCCUACAGUCCUUACGCUGGUGGGGCUACCGGUAGCAUUUUGUAACUACAGGCGGUACGUCUCCAUGUUCCUCUUUUUGUUUAUUGGUGUUUUUGGCAUUAUUGUGUGGACCACCGCAGGGGCUUUUGCUGCACUCAAUUUCUUUAUUACGGACAGUUGCUUUGAGGUUGAGGAGUUUGCAGAGGGACGCUCCAACAUUCUCACCGCCUUAUCGGAGUGUGACGAGACAAGUUUAACUAGACCUACGGCUAUCAUUGAGUCACUCUUUAAAUCACAGGCGGGCAAAACGUGUGAAAUAUUGAAACCAUAUUGCUACAAUGACGGACAGGACUCCACAUCUAGUGCCACCAGCGGUUCCGUUUUUUCCUGCCCUAAAGACAUGUCGUGUGACAAUGUGACGGACCUACAGAUGGCUGCAUGGGUUGAUUCGACAAUUGUUAUCGCACAGGGAAUUGUUAAUAACAGUGGCGCUCUCCAAGAGGCGAAGAAUAAAGGACAUUUUUGUUCGUCUGUUCGUGACGGGGGAAUGUGUGACUUGCGGAAAUGCGCCAGUGACUGUAAGUUGGGAAAUUCGUUAAGUAAUGUUGGCCGUGUUGCCAAAAGUGUACUGGUGGGAGUAACAGCGGUUUCGAGGGCGCGCGCGAUGCACGAGACGGUCGGCAGUGCGCUAGGCAGUUGUGAGUCGGUUUUAACGACUUUAGCGAGUGCAAUGCUCUCCCCAUGUAAAACCGCAACCAAAAGUUUGUUCGUCGUGGAGGAGUGCCUUGGCCUUCUUGGCUUAGGCUGUAUUUUAGCUAUGUUUGUGUACGCCAUAGGGGCGAAACGCUUCAUUUCUCUGAAAAAGGCGUACGUCCCACAGAACGACUAA